AUCUUCACUUCUUUCUCUAUAUAGAUUUCCAGAAACAGAGUCAAGAAGGGUUUAGUGGUGAGAUUCUCACUUCUCACUUCAUAAAAUCAUCCUUCAAUCCAGAAUCAGGGUUUCAUCUUUCAAUUCCUCAACAAUCUCAUUAAGAUUCUCUAAGGCACAACAACAGCAGACAAAAUGGGUAUCAUAGAAAGGAUAAAAGAAAUCGAAGCCGAAAUGGCUAGGACUCAGAAAAAUAAAGCCACAGAGUACCAUCUUGGGCAACUGAAGGCAAAGAUCGCAAAGCUAAGAACACAACUAUUGGAGCCUCCAAAGGGUUCGGCUGGAGCUGGAGAGGGCUUUGAAGUCACAAAAUUUGGUCAUGGACGUGUUGCACUUAUAGGGUUUCCGAGUGUGGGAAAGUCAACACUUUUAACUAUGUUGACGGGAACAAAAUCAGAAGCUGCAUCAUAUGAAUUCACAACGCUUACAUGUAUUCCUGGGAUUAUACAUUACAAUGGUACCAAAAUUCAGCUUCUCGAUCUUCCUGGAAUCAUUGAAGGUGCUUCUGAAGGAAAGGGUCGUGGUAGGCAGGUCAUUGCAGUUUCCAAGUCGUCGGAUAUUGUAUUGAUGGUUCUUGAUGCCUCAAAAAGUGAGGGUCAUCGUCAAAUAUUGACAAAGGAGUUGGAAGCCGUGGGUUUGCGUUUAAACAAGAAGCCACCUCAGAUAUACUUCAAAAGGAAAAAGACGGGAGGUAUAUCUUUCAACACUACGAUGCAGUUGACUCAUAUUGAUGAGAAGCUCUGUUAUCAAAUUCUGCACGAGUAUAAGAUACACAACGCAGAGCUUUUGUUCCGUGAGGAUUCCACAGUGGAUGAUCUCAUAGAUGUCAUUGAAGGAAAUCGUAAAUACAUGAAAUGUAUUUAUGUGUAUAACAAGAUUGAUGUGGUUGGUAUUGAUGAUGUGGACCACCUAGCUCGGCAACCAAAUUCUGUCGUCAUUAGUUGUAAUUUGGAGCUGAAUUUAGAUAGACUACUUGCAAAGAUGUGGGAUGCAAUGGGGCUUGUAAGAGUUUAUACAAAGCCACAAGGACAGCAACCAGAUUUCAGUGACCCUGUUGUUCUUUCAGCUGAUAGAGGUGGUUGCACAGUAGAGGACUUCUGUAACCAUAUACACAGGAGUCUGGUGAAGGAUGUCAAAUAUGUGCUAGUCUGGGGUGUAAGUUCAAGACAUUAUCCGCAAACUUGUGGUCUUUCUCACGUUCUUCAAGAUGAGGACGUGGUUCAGAUUGUGAAGAAAAAGGAAACUGAUGAAGGAGGCCGAGGUCGAUUCAAGUCACAUUCUAAUGCUCCUGCCAGAAUAUCUGACAGACAAAAGAAAGCCCCCCUAAAACAAUAAGCACUUAAAGGGGGCAUGAAGGUGCUCAUUAGGCAAGCCGAGAAAAUGAAAUUUAUGAUCAGGUUUUUGGGCAAAAUGUACUCUGAGUUUGUUGAACAAGUAGAACCUGUAAUCCUGGCUGUAAUGCUCUUUAUAUCGCGAGGCAAUAGAAAAUAGAAGUACGGAGUUCUCUUGAAUAUGAUGGAAUUUGUAGCUUUAUUGUUUUUCAUGAACUAUUACACUCCGUGGGAUGAGAAUCUAAGGUUUUUAUUUUUGUGUUUUAAACCUUCAGACGCUCCCAGGAUAUUGAUUUCAGCUGAAGUUUUUUCAACUACAGUGAGCUCAUUUA